AAUGAUGUCAAUUAAAUAGAAAAAAAUAAUUAUUAAAUUCAUUACCUUUGACCUGUAGCUACCACGUGAUCUCCAAAACAGUGAUGACCUCUCUUGCUAGCUAGCGGUAGCUAACCAGGGGGACUUAAUGCUUACAUUUCCAAAUUGUACACAACUUUUCUCACAAUGGACCAGACUAAACAAGAGGAGGAUUAUGGAUACGAUUUAUUCCCGGAGAGGAACACGGGGAAGUACAAGAAGGGAUCCAUCGCGCAGAGCCUGUUCACUUUCAACCACAAGUGUCAGGUCAUGUUACAGUUUGCAAUGGAAACUAGUCCGUAUGCCAAACUGCUCCUCAAUGCCAUGAAGAGUUCAGGAUGCAAAGUAUUUAAAGACCGGCAUUUCUCCUGUGAAGACUGUGAUGGGACCGUCAGCGGUGGCUUUGAUGCAGCUUCUUCUCAAAUUGUAUUGUGUCAGAACAACAUCCACCAGCAGUCCCACAUGAACCGAGUGGUCACACAUGAGCUCAUCCAUGCCUUUGAUCACUGCCGGGCUCAUGUGGACUGGUUCAACAACUUCAGACACCUAGCUUGUUCUGAGAUUCGGGCAGCUAACCUCAGUGGAGACUGCGCCUUUAGCAAUGAAGUUGCCAGGUUCAACUUUGGUGUGAAGCAGCAUCAUCAGGAAUGCGUCAGAGGCCGCGCCCUACGCUCCAUCCUGGCUGUGAGGAAAAUUAGCCGAGAGGAGGCGGAGAAAAUCGUCGACGAGGUCUUCGACACGUGUUUCAAUGACCACGCGCCCUUUGGGCGGAUCCCGCACAGCAAGAAGGAUGCCAAGUUUGCCUAUAGAGAUUAUGAAAACAGAGAUCGAUAUAGUGCGAACCUCUAGUGUCGUCACAUUCUCAUUAAACUCCCAAGGGUGCUGGGACUGGUGCUGAUGCCGACAAGACCUUGGCAGCGUCAGGGCCUCGGUCAGCGUAAAGGCUUCAACAGAAUGACUGGGUUGAAAAUGAUCACGUCCUGUCAGAAGGGAUUUUCAGAGAAUGAUUUGUCGUUGGAUUAUUAAGGCAAAGGAAGGAGCUAUGGUACAUUUCAUUUUCUACCUUUCAGACACUAAUUCUGUAAAAAGGGAUUGUAAGGACUGAUUUUGCUUUGCAAGUUAAGUAUUAGAUGAGGCACCAGUGAAUUUCGUCAUUUGAGUUUAGGUGCUCAAUGGGUGCUUUUAAGGAAAUAAAAGAUUUCCUUUUUGUCCAUCGAUGUUUGCUGUGAAAGUCCUUUGUUGACAAGCAAGCAUGUAUUUCAUCUUGUUGCCACAUUGACCUUCAUUAAUUUCUUGUAAAUAGAGCAGAAUAUGCUUAAAUUAAACAGAAUCAUAUGUAUUUGAAUUAAAGUUUGAUUCCUCUGAAAAA